AUGGGAUAUAACCACAUCGAGUCCUUUGUCGCUCUGAGCUCUCCAGAUGGAACUUUUGAACUAGGAUUCUUCAAUCCUAACAGCUCUCAAGAACAUCAAUAUGUUGGAAUCUGGUUCAAGAAAGUCACACCUCGGGUAUAUAGCAGAGAAAAUCCAGUCACGAGCUCCACGGUGGGUCUUUCAAUAAGCAGCAAUGGAAGUCUCAUCUUGCUUGACGAGAAACAAACAGUUCUCUGGUCAUCUGGAGAAGGAUCUCAGGCAUCUAACGAAUGUCGUGCAGAGCUUUCAGACUAG